AUAUCUUGGAAUACUACCACUUUUCCAAACUUUCCUAACGCAAGUGCACUGUUUGUUAGUUCAUAAUUUUGUCAAAAUAUGGCACUGACUACUAAUCACAAAGAUGACUUUGAUGCGGAAAAAAUUAAGAAUUCAAAGGAAAUGCUAGUUCCAGCCGAAGAUUCUGAUGUGAAACUGAAGACUUUCAAUAAUUCUUUGAAUAUCUUGUCUCACAUCCUCAUUGGUUGUACGGUAGCAAUAUCAGUUCUUUAUACCUUCAGAGAAGGAACAAUGAGCGCCACAAGAAUGCAUAUUAUUUUAUGUGUCCUGGGGUACCAAUUACUAAUGGCCGAGUCAAUUUUAAGUCUAUCACCUCACAACAGUUGGUCGUCUUCACUAAAACUUGUUCAUAAACGUCGUGCCCAUUGGAUUCUACAAAUAUUAGGAUCAGGAUUAGCAAUUGCCGGCAGUAUCAUCAUAUAUAUGCACAAAACGGUGCACUGGAAUACACUUCAUGGACAGUUUGCUCUUGUCGCCGUGGUCUUCACCUGUGUUUCCUUCAUCAACGGCCUAUCAUCACUCUAUGCCUACGAGCUUCGACGCUUUAUACCUGGCAUACUCUCCAAAAUUACCCAUAUUCUCUUCGGGACCGUGGCAUUUGUUACAGCAUCAAUAAGUCUCUGUUAUGGCUUUGAUAAGAGAUCCUUCAGAAAUUGGUCUACAUCAGAAAUGGCUGAUACUUUUAUAGCGUUCACCGCUAUAUUUACAUUUGUAAUUAUAGUGAAUCCAUUGAUCGUAUUUUUUGAUAAGACUGUUAAAUCAUUCAGACGAUGAACGAAAGGAUUCUCUUGAAAAUUGUUAUGUUUUUCUUUAUGGGGUGUAGCAGUAAAACUUUGUCCUUUUUUUAUUGCUGUCUAAAAUAAUGUAUUUUUAUUACAACUAAUAUAUAUAUAUUAUAUUUUUUACAUUUGCAUACGUUUAAAGAUUAUGUAAAAAAUAGGUACCUGCCAGAGCUAAUUUGUCUCUCUUUUCCAAUAGUUCACUACAAUAUAUAAACUCAGCCAUUCACACACAAUACACGAAAUAUUGUGUGUGAAAUGGUUGCGUUUGUUCAUAUUAAACAAAUGAUUUUGGUUUUAA